CACAUAAUAACCUAGUGAUAACCACUGUGUCACGGAGAAGGCGUGUAUUGACUUGUUUUCGCUCUUUAUCCGCUUUUCUCGUCUACUUUAAACUGCAAAGCUUCGAACGUGUCUGUCAUACUGACCUGGUAUCUGAAAAGCCAAGGGCACGAGCCGGGGCUGAGGGGGGACGAAUGGGGUCACUGUGUUACGUGACGUACAACCACCCUCAACCUUGACCUGUCCGUCAUGUCGCGUCUGUCGCACGAGAAGAUGUGAAAAAAAGAAAUAUUUUGGAGUAUAAAGUCCACGUCCUCGCGUAGCAAACGCCAGCCACCUUUGUGAAUGAGUUCGAUCCUGAGCGUCAGCAAUCGUUUGAUUCUAUUCUGACGCUCGUCUGACGUUCGACUGUAUACUUGGCGGUAUUUUUAAGCGACGGUGCAAUGGGGGAUCUUGAGGCGUGGGGUCAGGUGGCUUCCAGGUACACCAUACAUCAAGAAACACUGACCUACUUCAGGCGGUUGAAGGGACUCGGUUUCAAGAGAGCUGAGGAGCAGACGCCGGAGGAACUUCGGGCCUUCUCCCUUCGCCGCAGUGAACUUUUUGGCGGCCAUGUCGACUUCUGUGGCUCGGAAAUUGAGUACUUCGCAUCUUCUUUGAACAGUCAGAUUCGCGUGCCAGUGACAGUUUACAAGUCCUUUGAUGUCAGUCAGGUUCCAGCCAUCCUGGUGUUCUUCCAUGGAGGUGGUCUGGUCAGCAGCAGCAGAUGUGCUUAUGCAACAACGUUUAAAAAGCUGGCUAAGUGUGCUAGGUGUUUGGUGGUGGGUGUAGAGUACCGUCUGGCGCCUGAAGAUCGGGUACCUGCCGCCUUUCACGACUGCCGCUGCGCCACAGAAUGGAUCCUCGGCAACAAAGAACUAGUCGGAGGCCACCCUGACAGUAAGGUGGGUAUUGGUGGGGACAGUGCUGGAGGACAAUUGACUGCCAGCGUCGCACACGAUGUGCAGGGACUGGCAUUUCAGAUUGCCAUCUAUCCGUUCACGGAUCUGACGCUGUCGGCGCCAUCUUAUUCUGAAUUCGUCGACACUCCCGGGCUCAACACAAACACCAUUAAGUGGUUCAUGAAGCAGUUCCUGGAAAAUGAAGAUCAGGUCACAGACCCCGUUGUCUCACCUUACUUCCGGCCCAGUUUUAUAGGUCUUCCUCCAGCUUUAGUCAUACUGGCGGAGCUGGAUCCCAUAAGGGAUGAUGGACUUGCGUAUGCAAAAAAGAUGCAGGAAGCGGGUGUACCGACUGACAUUCUGGUGGUUCACGGAGCACCUCACGUCUUUUUCCACCUGCCAGGUCACUUCAAAGAGCUUUGCCGCGAGCCGUACGAAAAAAUCGUUGAGUUCGUUCAACGCUUUCAGACAUAAGAUGACCCUACUCCUUCAAGGCAGACUUUGACUUUAGUGAAGGAAAAAGUUCUGGACAAAUCACAACUACAAAAAACAAAACAAAAACAAAAAAACAAACAAAAACAACUUUGUAUUUAAACAGAGCCUUUGUAGUUUGAUGUACCUCACGUUUGGUACCAGAGACUCAAUAUAUAUUACUAUUAUUAUUGUUGUUUGUUUUGUCCAAAAAGUAUGCAGGAUUGUUGUUAGCAAAUAAAUUCUCAAGAUAUUUGUGA